AUGGCCGACACACUCACAGACCACUGCUUCGCUACCGUCCAGCACGCCGGUACGCCUACUGGUCGGCGCAUCGACAUCGAUGUCGGCGGCGCAUCCGUUCCUACUUACCUCGCUGAACCCUCAGAGUCUGGUCCCGACGGCCCGCCACGCAAGAUUAUCCUUUACUUCUCAGACGUAUUCGGACCUUUCUAUCUCAACAGCCAACUCCUCCAGGAUUACUUUGCAACGCAGGGUUUUACUGUCCUCGGCAUCGACUACUUCUUCGGCGACUCCUACGCUCUCCAUGUUAACGACCCUAACUUCGAUCGUCCGACAUGGAGAGAGAAAUCAGUCAACCAAGCCAAGACAUUCAUACCUGGUUGGGUGGAUGCUAUCAAGCAGAGCUAUGGCUACUGUUUUGGUGCGCCAUAUGUCUUUGAUCAGGGUGAAACCGGUCUACUCGCGGCGGCUGCUGUUGCACAUCCCACGGCAUUAACAGUUGACUCUGUGUCGAAAAGCAGCACACCAGUCCUAUUCUCUUGCGCAGACAUUGACAAUGCAUUCAAACCUGACCUGCGCCACUCAGUCGAGGAUGUGUUGUCCGCGAAGAAAGUGACGUACUAUUUCCAGAUUUUCAGCGGUGUUUCGCACGGGUUCGCCACUCGUGCGGAUCCGAGUGUGGAAAAUCAGCGUUGGGCAAAAGAGGAAUGCGCCAGGAGUGUUGUACAGUGGUUCAAACGGUUCUCAGUGUAA